AAUAUGAUGUUUAUCUUUGCAACUAGGGAAAGACGACGACCAAAAGGGCAUUAUUUGCUCAUUUUAUUCGUAAAUGGGCACAUGUCUAAGUUACAUUAAAUUUACUUACUCUGAGGUGCUGCUUCUGUUGCUCUGUAAAACACUCUUGCCAUGUCUUUAAAGAGAAAAAUUCCUUGAAUAUCUCCUUGUUUUCGCACAAGCCCUGUGGAAGUUGUAGACGCACACCUUCUAUUCGACAUUCUUCGAGAGUAUUUAGUUCUUGAGAUAUUUCUGAACUCUCUGUGCUGGCUUCAGACGACACUGUUGAAUAUUCUAGUUCCAUUUUUCGGGCUACACGGAAAAAAGUUUGGAAAAAGAUCAAACACUUCCCUAUUUAUGUUUCGUUAUAACACUUAUUUUGUAUUUUGAGACCGCAACAAUAAUUUUAAGGUUAUGUUACGUAUCUGCUAUAUAUCAAAAUUAUCCAAAUUACUUAUACGAAUCGCUACUGACAUGGAUGGGGUGAGAAAUAUGACGAUUAAAUUUUCCAAGGAAGCUGCUUUCUACACUAGUUUCCCAUACAUGUUGUGCUUCUGUUAUUUUGUUCGAUAAAUCGGUCAUUAUCACGUGAAUAUAUUACAGUAUUUUAGCGUUCUAAGUGUACGUAUUGAUGAUGUUUAUGUGGAGAAGACAGACAGACGAUAUUGGGAAUAAGUGAAAAGAUUAAUGGACAUGUAAAUAUUCGCUUCUAUACCGACCUUUUGGGUGCAGUUUUUUAGGUUUUGUCUAAUUUCAACGCCCUCCACGUUUGGUAUCCUGGGUCUGCAUUGCAGAUAUUAUAGAAUCCAACCGUGGAGGGCAUGGCGGACGGAACGGGAACCAUGUUUAGACAAGGAACAGUUUUGAAAAUAAUCAAUGUUGUCACAUCAGGUCAGCAGACGAAACGCUGCCUGGUGAAAUUUUAUUUGCACUUUAUAGAAAUUACAGAUGUUAUAUCAUAUACACCCAACGAAUCGGCAUACUUUUGUGGGUGAAAAGGAAAAGGGUCAAUAGCCUCUAUUGUCAGAGAGAUUUUGCAGCGUCAAGUAAAAAUCCAGAGUAGCUUCACAGACGGCAACGGUGGAACCGGAUAUGUAACCAGUAUCCGUUCCUAGUUACCAUAACCACAAAAAUGGCGCUGAAUACUGUGGUGAAGGUUCACCCUGUUGUUCUUUUCCAAAUUGUUGAUGCAUAUGAAAGAAGAAAUGCAGACGCUCAUAGAGUUAUAGGCACUCUGUUAGGCACAGCAGACAAAGGCACUGUCGAAGUUACGAACUGUUUUUGUGUGCCACAUAAGGAAUAUGAAGAUCAGGUGGAGGCGGAACUUAAUUAUGCCAUGGACCUUUUUGACCUGAAUCGCCGUGUAAAUCCUCAAGAAAACGUAGUUGGUUGGUGGGCGACAGGAAAUGAAGUAACAAGCCAUUCGUCUGUUAUACACGAAUACUAUGCACGUGAAUGCAACAAUCCUGUUCAUUUGACCCUGGAUACAACAUUACAGGAUGUCAGAAUGGCAAUAAAAGCGUACUUAAAUGUUCCCAUUGGUGUCCCAAGGCGCAAAUGUGGCUGCAUGUUUACACCUGUUGCAGUUGAAAUACUCUGUUAUGAACCUGAAGUUGUUGGAGUUCAGUUGUGCCAGAAGACAGUCAUGUCUGCAGUCUUAGCUGCCGGAGGUCGGAAGUCUGCACUGAAACAAGCUCCUCUGGUGGAACCCAUGCCAGAUCUGGCGCAAGUGGCAGAUGCUGCUGCCAAGCUGACUGAACUGCUUGAUAAGGUUCUCGCCUAUGUGGAAGAUGUGUUGCGUGGGGCUCAGCCUGGCAGUCGUCCACCAGAUAACGCCAUUGGCCGUGCACUUCUGGAUAUGGUCAACUCUGUUCCUCGAAUGACACCUGAAGAGUUUGAAGAAAUGUUCCACUCCAAUAUCAAGGAUUUGUUAAUGGUGAUAACAUUAGCACAGUUAACGAAGACGCAGCUGCAGCUGAAUGAGAAGCUGACUCUCAUAACGACACUAUGAUGAUAACCAUCCUGGCUGGAGUAAUAUAUUUCCUAGCCAGCAGAUUAGUUCCUGUUUCUCGCGAAGAGCAGGGACUCGAUUGUAACGAACAUGAAUCAUCAGUUGCCACGUAAACAUAAUCAGUGUAAAUAAUCUGCCCUCCAAUCUUCAAAUGAGCCCAUGUGUUGAGUUCACAAAAAUAGUGUCUUCAGUGGAAGAAAUCAUAUGUUUUUGUAUAUUUUGUGAUUUUAUGUAAUAAACUGGAUCUUUGGAAAAGCAAAGUUUUUUUUGUGGAAGAAUUAACUUACUAAUAAAUUAAUUGGCAUACUGUUGUAAAGAUUUUGUUACAUUCUUAUCUUAACUGCUCUCCUCCAUUCCUCUCCAGAAGGAAAGUGUAUGAUAAAAAAUAACUGUUUGUGAUACUGCUUUACUUGAAAAGUAGUUUCUUCAUUUGUAAUAUUUGAUAUGAAAUGAAUUUUCCAUUUUGUAUGAAUUCUAUAACUAAUGAGUUAUCAGCCAUCAACAAAGUUACACUAGCAGCAUUAGUACUUUACAUAUGUAACUAAAGUAACAUUAGUUUGAGGUAGUGAAAGAAAGAUUUACUGGUAAUUGCUGUAAAAGAUUACACACACAUACACACAAGCUUCAGAAGCAUAAAGUUUACUUGAAUACUUCUAUUUUUUCCAUCUAUUAAUAUGUGUAUGAGAGUUAAAUGUUGUACAUUGGGCAUUAUUAUUUACUGGUGUAUCCAUGAAGUGCAGAUACCAAAUUAUGAUGGUGUUGCAUAAAUGUAUGCUGUUCUACAUUGUUGUAUACAGUUUUUUCUUCACUUUAUUAAUACAUGCAGCUUUUCCCAUCCUUAAUAAUUACAUAUCUUGCAGAAUUGUAUGUGAAACAAGUAAUCAGUAUUAUAUUUUUACUUGUUUAAGAAUGAAUAAACUGUACAUAGAAACUUAUAUUACAGUAUUUUAUUGAUUAUCUGAACUAAGUGGCAGAUAUGGGUGUUCAGAAGACCAGUUUAUUCAAAUAAUCUAACCAUACACUUUAAUCUACCAAUAAAAACUACUUACCUUUAUAACAA